AUGAGUUCUAUCAAGGAAAUACUUGCCAAGUGCCUCACUGCUGGUCUAUCAGCGCCUUUCCCACCACCAUGUAAAGAACUCGAUCCCAGUGUUCCUCAUGCACCCAAGCGUACACCGCAUCUCACACCGCUGGAACGCCGUCAAGCCAUCGCCAACGCCCUUCGUUAUUUUGAACCCGCCCAUCACGCAGAACUGGCCGCAGAGUUCAGCAAAGAAUUGGAUGUUUAUGGUCAUAUUUACAUGUAUCGCUUCCGUCCCACUCAGUAUGAGAUGAAGGCCUACCCCAUCACAGACUACCCUGCGAAGAGCAGGUUUGCCGCAGCCAUGAUGUUAAUGAUCAUGAAUAACCUUGAUAAACGUGUUGCCAUGUUCCCACAUGAACUUAUUACUUAUGGUGGUAAUGGUGGUGUAUUCAACAACUGGGGACAAUAUUGCCUUACAAUGAAAUACCUCAGUGAAAUGACAGAUGAACAGACACUUACACUUUAUUCUGGACACCCAAUGGGUUUAUAUCCAAGCCACCGAGAUGCCCCACGUGCUGUUAUAACAAAUGGUAUGAUGGUUCCAAACUACUCUACUCGAGAGCAAUAUGAUCGAUUGUAUGCUUUGGGUUGCACUCAGUAUGGACAAAUGACUGCAGGUUCAUUCUGUUAUAUUGGUCCUCAAGGUAUUGUACAUGGAACUACUAUUACAUUCCGUAAUGCAGGACGCAAGUAUCUUGGUGUUGAAGAUCUUGCUGGAAAAGUUGUUCUUACCAGUGGUCUCGGUGGAAUGAGUGGAGCACAAGGAAAAGCUGGUGUUAUUUGCCGUGCUGUGGUUGUGGUGGCUGAAGUUGACCCAGAUGCCUUAUAUAAACGUAAGGAACAAGGUUGGUUGUUGGAAGUUGAAACAGAUGUUGAAUCUCUCCUUCAUCGUGUACGUAAGGCUGCUGCUGCGAAAGAGGCAGUAAGUAUUGGUUUCCUUGGUAAUGUCGUCACCGUCUGGGAACGACUUGUUCAGGAGAAGGAGAACAUUGUACACCUUGGCUCUGAUCAAACCAGUUGCCAUAACCCUUUUAAUGGUGGUUACUACCCAGUUCAACUCACCUUUGAGGAAAGCAAGAAAAUGAUGGUGGAGAAGCCUGAAAAGUUUAAGGAACUUGUACAAGAAUCCCUCCGUCGCCAAGUGGCUGCUAUCAAUGCUCUCGCCGCACGUGGUCUGCGUUUCUGGGAUUAUGGAAACAGUUUCCUCCUUGAGGCCUCCCGCGCUGGUGCGGAGGUGUGGAGUCCGGACGACACUGUGCGGAGUAUCAACCGAUUCCGUUAUCCAUCGUAUGUGCAGGACAUUAUGGGAGAUGUCUUUGCUCUUGGCUUCGGUCCAUUCCGUUGGGUGUGUGCCUCCGGCCUGCCAGAGGACCUCGAGCUUACAGACCGCAUGGCCGCAGAGACAUUGGAGAAGUUAAUGAAGGAUGCCGCCCCCAAAUCACAGAGACAGAUAUCCGAUAAUCUGCUUUGGAUUAAACAAGCAGGAGAGAAUAAGUUGGUGGUGGGUUCCCAGGCUCGUAUUCUCUACGCCGACUGUGAGGGACGACAGGCAAUUGCAAAGGCCUUUAACGAUGCCAUUCACGAUGGCCGCCUGAAGGGUCCAGUGGUGCUCUCACGUGAUCAUCAUGAUGUGAGUGGUACAGAUGCCCCAUACCGUGAGACCUCAGAUCUCUACGAUGGCUCUGCUAUUACUGCAGAUAUGGCCAUUCAAAAUGUGAUUGGCGAUUCCUUCCGUGGGGCUUCAUGGGUUUCCAUUCACAACGGUGGUGGAACUGGCUGGGGUGAGGCCAUUAAUGGUGGUUUCUGUCUGGUGCUUGACGGUACUCCCGAUGCGGAGCGCCGCGCCACACUUAUGUUGAUGUGGGAUGUUUUGAAUGGAGUUUCACGCCGUGGAUGGAGUGGGAAUGAGUGUGGACGUGAGACUGUGGUGCGGGCGUUAACGCGUGUGAAGGGUCUACAAGUGACGGUGCCCAAUCACGUUAACCCAGAAUUACUGCAGAAGUACUAG